AUGCCACUAAAAGAUGACAAAACCAACAAACAAAUCAUCUUUAUCACUCCAACACGACAACGCCCGGAAAGAAUGGCCGAUUUGACAAUGUAAGGUUAUGUUAUCAUGAGGGUUUUUUAGUAAAAUACGUCUUCACAUCUUCUUACAUGACACAUACUAUAUAAUAGUAGAAUAGGGAAGAAUAGAGUAGAAAAAAGUGUUCCAGCUAAACUACAGAAAGUCUAGGAUUAAGAAUGGUAGAGAAGAGCAAGAUACUGUAAGUUAAAAUGAGGGUAAAGUAGGAUAAGGUAGGGUAAGGUAGGGCAAGGUAGGGUAAGGCAGGGUAAGGUAAGGUAGAGUAAGGUAGGGUAGGGUAGAGUAACGUAGGGUAAAACAGGAUAAGAUAGGGUAGGGUAGGAUAAGGUAUGGUAAAGUAGAGUAGGGUAAGGUAGCAUAAGGUAAGGUAAGGUAGGAUAAGGUAGAGUAAGGUAGAGUAAGACCCGGAUGCAUCGGGUCCGGUAAAGCCUAAAACGGUCCAGUACGACACGGAACGGUUCGGUACGGUAGGGCACAAACGAGUAUGAUAAUUUUUUAGCUAUGUUUAACAAGAUUAAAAUUCAAUACUUUAGGCUAUCCCAAACCCUAUCCCACCUAAAAAAUAUUCAUUGGGUACUAAUUGAAGAUGGCACAUCAACAUCUUUAAUAGUUGAAAAGCUACUGAAUCGGUCGGGCAUACCAUACACUUGUCUUCACACCACCAACAAUGGGCUACCUUGUAGAGGAUGGGCUCACAGAAACUUGGCAUUAAAGUACCUGAGGAAGCGUCGAAAUGAGUUUGGCAAAAACGCUGUAAUUUACUUUGCUGAUGAUGACAAUGGCUAUGAUGUACGACUUUUUGAUGAUUUUGUACGGAAUGUUAAGAACGUUGGGAUUUGGGCUGUGGGUGAGUAAUAUGGUACUUAAAAUACGUCAACUUCAUCCAUAUCUUUAAAAUUUUUAAGUUUUUUUUCUACAGUAUCUUCAAGGCUUAUUAACUGUCUAUUCUUGAGUUGUAGUGAGUAGUAUGGUGUAUAUUUUUAGGUUUACCAGGCUUUGGAAAGCAUGGUCCAGUAGAAGCUCCUAAAGUAGAAAAUGGAAAAGUUGUUGGAUGGUUAACAGCAUGGCGGCCGACCCGAAAGUUUGCUACUGAUAUGGCUGGCUUUGCUAUUAAUUUAGACUUGGUAUUAAAGUCAAAGUAAGUAAUGCGAAGUAAAAUAUUUUUUUUUCGUUAUUAUGUCUAUACCUAUUAAAAUAGUAUACCCCUAUAUCCAUCAAAAACUGUGUAUUCCCAUAUCUAUUUAAAAUAAUGUACACCCAUACCCAUUAAAAUCUGUGUACACCCAUACCCAUUAAAAAUAGCGAACCAAGAAACUUUAAAAACUUACUGCAUCUGACGGCAAAAACCCAUGUUGUUUGCUUAGAAGGCAAACAUGCUGAUUUUAGGCUUAAGUACACAUUUUAGGCUUAGAUACACAUUUUACGCUUAGACCCACAAUUUUAGGCUUAGGUACACUUUUUAGGCUUAGACACAAUUUUAGGCUUAUAAACACAAUAUUAGCCUUAAGUACAUACUUUAGGCUAAGAAACACAUUUUAAGCUUAGACAGUUAAUUUUAGGUUUAGGCACAUAAUUUUAGGCUUAAGUACACUUUUUAGGCUUAGGCACACAAUUUUAGACAUUAUUACUAGUAUUACUACGAAAGACAAAAAGUUUUCUGCGUCUGACGGGAAUCGAACCCGUGUCGAUUGCUUGGAAGGCAACCAUGCUGACCAUUACACCACAGACGCGCUUGCCUAACCUUCUCUUAAUAGCCGUGAAAUCCUCAGUUAUACCCUUGCGAAUCCGCUAAUAUGUCAUUAGUAAAAAAGGGCGGUUGAUUUCCGCUAGCGCAAAAUGAUAUACUGACCACAAUACGAGUUUACUCUUUGUCUUUUGACCCAAAUAUAGAUAUCUAUCGUCAAUUGAAAGAGGUUUAAGCGCGUCUGUGGUGUAAUGGUCAGCAUGGUUGCCUUCCAAGCAAUCGACACGGGUUCGAUUCCCGUCAGACGCAGAACUUUUUUUUCAGUUUUUAAAUGUGUAGGAGAAAUGGUCGUUUUAAGCCUGAAAUUUUCUACUAUAAGCUUAUUUUAAGGUUAGAAAUUUUUAAAGAUAUGGUCACUUUUAAGCCUACAAACGUUCGGUUAUAGUGCCAUUUUUAAGCCUAAAAACGUUAAAUUAUAAGGCCAUUUUUAAGCUUAAAACCUUCAAAUAUAGGGUCACUUUAAGUAAAAACGUUAAAUUAUAAGGCCAUUUUUGAGCCUAAGAACCUUCAACUAUAAAGUCAUUUUUAGGCUUAAAACCUUCAAGUAUAGGGUCAAUUUUAAGCCUAAUACCUUUUAUUAUAAGGCCAUUUUUAAGCCUAAAAACUUCCACCUGUUUAGUUAUCUUUGAGCUUAAAAAACUUAAUAUUCCAGGUUAUUUGUAAGCCUAAAAACCUUUGAUAAUAAAGCCAUUUUUAAGCCUAAAAACCUCCUCUUGUUGAGUUAUUUUUAAGCCUAAAAACCUUUGAACCUAAAAUCAUUCUGAAGCUUGAAACCUUCAACUAUAAGCUCAUUUAUAAGCCUAAGCAUCAAAACUAAUAAAAACGUUAUUUCAGUGCCACAUUUGAUCUACGUUGCGCCGGAACCAUGCCUGAAGAUUGUUUUCUAUCUCAACUUGGCAUUUCUCUAAAUGAUUUAGAGCCUUUUGGUCAUACAGAUAGUGAGAUCUUAGUAUGGCAUCGAAAAACGGCCGACUCAAACUUCAUUGAUUACUCUACAUUCGGGUAUAACGUUGAAGCACGGCUACCUAAAUCAGUGUUUUGCGACAGGUUUUUCAAUAUUCACGACAUGAGCUACACGGAUGCUGUGAAAAUAGCCAAGGGGUUAGAGGUGUAG